AUGGCUGCUCUUUUCUUGUUACUUUUAUUGCUUUCCGUAUUUCUAAUCUCUGCUCUUCCUCAUUCUCAUCAUCAUCAUCAACAAGAAGAAUUGUUGUUGCGAUUCAAAGCUGUCGUUUCGAAGAACGACACUUCUCUGCCCGACUGGACUCCCGUUCACCACUUCUGCAACUGGUCUGCCAUCACCUGUCAUUACAAUUCUCAGUCUGUCCGUGCCAUCAAUUUAAGCCUAAUGAGUUUAGAUGGCACCAUCUCUCCCGUGCUCGGGAAUCUCUACUCUCUUCGAUCUCUUGAUCUUUCCCAAAAUUACCUCACUGGUACAAUUCCACCUCAACUCGGCCAACUCCCAAAUCUAUGGCUACUCUCGCUGUACGACAAUCAAUUACAAGGGACCAUUCCACCCUCUCUUUCCGCUUGCCGCAGUUUGUAUUUACUGGCACUCUCCUAUAACCAACUGCAUGGCACCAUUCCGCCUGAGCUCAGUCUCCUCACAAGUUUGAAGUACCUCUACUUGGCCGUUAAUAGCCUCACAGGUACCAUUCCACCCUCUUUCGAAAAUCUGUCCACCUUAAUUGAUUUAGAUUUGGAAGGAAAUAAGAUCAAUGGCCCCAUCCCCAGUUCUUUAGGAAAUCUGUCAGCCUUGACUUAUUUGAACUUGGGACAAAACCAUCUCCAAGGCCCCAUUCCUCCUGAACUGGGAAUGCUCACUAACGUAGUGGAGUUUGAAUUUUUUGAAAAUAACCUAUCAGGCACCAUUCCUAGUUCUUUAACAAAUCUUUCAAAGUUUAAUCGAAAAGAUUUAUCUAUAAACCAGAUUCGAGGAAAUAUUCCAUGGGAAAUUGGAACCAGGCUCCCCAAUUUGGAAUACCUUAGUUUAUGGAGAAACCAGCUUAGUGGAAACAUCCCAAGCUCCUUGGGAAAUUGUUCCCGUCUCGAAGUACUACUUUUAAAUACAAACCAGCUCGGUGGAACGGUUCCAUUGGAGCUGGGUAAGUUGAAUCUUCUCACCUAUCUUUACCUACACACCAAUCAACUUGUUAGUGAUAGCAGUAACAGUUUGGCCUUUCUCACUGCUCUCACAAAUUCCUCCCGCUUGCAAGAAAUAUAUAUAGGAAAUAAUCGAUUCACUGGUAAAUUGCCUCCAUCCAUAGGCCAACUGUCUUCCAAUCUCAAUAAGCUGAGUGUAUCAGGAAACAUGAUAAGCGGGAAUAUACCACAACAGAUUGUCAAUCUGACAAACUUAACCUUCUUAGAUUUAGCCGUAAAUCUUUUCAGCGGCAAUAUUCCUUGUGGUAUUAAAAGACUGCAUUUGUUGGAAGUAUUUUAUUUGCCUAGGAACAAUUUAGAAGGAGCCAUUCCAAGUGAGAUAGGUCAAAUGCAACAUCUAGGACUAUUAUCUCUUCAUCACAAUCAGUUAUCUGGAAAAAUACCAGAUUCUCUUUGUCACUCCCAGCAAUUGAGACGUCUCUUUCUCCACCACAACAAGUUAUCAGGGGAGAUCCCCGUUAGUUUGGAGGGAUGUCAGAAGUUGGAGCUCCUCGACUUAUCCUACAACAAACUAGGGGGCAGGAUACCUGGUGAAGUCAUUGCCAGCCUUUAA